AUGUGUGGUCAACUCCGUCGCAAGGCGACGGCGCAAUGUAAUCGCUCCGUCUCUGUUCUGUCCAAAAUGGGUUGUGCAUCAAAUUACUUAAAGAUUGGAAGAGAUGAUUCAGAUACAGCCAAGCAGCAAUAUGUCACGGGUUCGAAGCUUCACUUGAUUGUAUUUUCUUUGACUCUGGCUUGUUUCCUGAUGACGUUCAGUUCUUCGGUCCUGGCAACGGCUAUACCACCCAUUACAAGUGAAUUCCACUCUGUAGAAGACAUAGGAUGGUAUGGAAGUGCUUAUUUACUUUCAAAUACACAUUUCUUUGUUUCCUUGCAAUAUUUGAAUUGGGUGCAUUGGUCUGCGGUUUGUCAAGAGAUUCAGGGAUGUGAUGGAUCUGGUAUUCUUAAUGGUGCUCUAACGAUUCUUGCUGCUGCAGCUCCUAUCUCAAAACGAUCAAACUAUCAAAGGAGUUUCGCCUACGGAAAGCGGAGUGAGAACGCUGCCGACUUUCUUGGCGACGAUUGGGUGUUCAAUUAUAGCAGGGAGUUAGUUUCUCGACUUGGUUACUUUACCCCCUGGGCGAUCAUGGGCUGCGUGUGUUCAGCUGUCGGAUCUGAAUGUAUGAGUUUGUUUAAUGUAAAUACUGGGGCGGGUGAAUGGAUUGGCUUUCAGAUCUUUGUUGGUGCUGGACGAGGAAUGGUUUCACAAAUGCCUAUAAUAGCGAUUCAAAACUCUCUUCCCACCACAGACAUUGCGAUCGGCUCAUCUCUCGCUACCUUUUCCGGAUAUUUCGGCAGCGCAAUUUUCCUAUCCUUCGCCUCAACAAUCUUUCCAAGUUCUUUGACCGAAGAACUAGCUAUAUGUGUACCAAGUAUCGAUGUAGAAGCCAUCGUAGCAAGUGGUGAUACGGGAUUGAGGGACUUGGUGACGGGCGCGGAGUUGGAGAGGGUGCUGAUAGCAUACAAUGAAAGCUUGAUCAGAUGUUUCUACCUUGCAGCUGGAGCAUUAAGCGUAGCGUUUUUGUGCAGUUUUGAAUUAGGAUGGGGAACAGUGAAGAAGAAGAAGAAGAAGAAGAAGAAGAAGAAUGAGAAGCGGGGAGGCGAUCAGGAAAGUUGCGAAAAUCCAGAUAAUCGCAACAGUCCUGAGUCCGGAGUCCACAGUGAUGGACGGAAAAGAUUGAAAGCCUUAGUGUUUUGA